GGAAACUGAAAGUCUCUUGUUCCUUUGCCUUCGCCUUCCCUUCCCGUCUCUCGCCUCGCGCUCGUGCUCGUGCUCGUGCGUGUGCGCCUUCUCCUUCUUCUUAUCCAGUGACGCAUUCUCUCGCUCCACUUCUCCGAUCGAACCCGUCGCCUCGCUUGCGUCUUGCGUUGGUUCCUUCGUCUUUUUUUUCCAAUCGCUCGUCCGUUGGCUGGCCUUGCGGUGGUUCGUUCUUUCUUCGGGCUGUGUGAUUUCGGCCUUAUCUUGAGCCGCGACGAGUUCUUGCCUCGGCGCACCUUUUGUAUCGUAGAGAGGCGGCGUGUGGGUGUGGGUGGAUGGUCUGAGGGCGACGUAUAGAUUGGUUUGUUGACGGGAAUUUGAAAGUUGGGUGCUGGAAUUGAGAGGGAAGCACGUCAAGAUGAGGAAGGAGGAUACUGUCAAGCUAAUUAGUGCGGAAGGCUUUGAAUUUGUCAUCGACCGGAAGGCUGCUCUCGUCUCAAAUACUCUCAAGAACAUGCUGACGUCCUCGGGAAGCUUCACUGAGACCGAACUGGGAGAGGUGAGGUUUCCCGAAAUUAGCACCCCAAUUCUCGAGAAAGUGUGCCAGUACUUCUACUGGUCUCUGCAGUUUGCCAGUGGCAAGGAGACUGAGUUUCACAUCGAACCAGAAAUUACUCUUGAGCUCAUGAUGGCAGCGAAUUACUUGCACACUUGAAAGGCCGCUUGGUGUGCGGGUCUAUGUUCUUUAUCCAGGCUUUCUUGAGGUUUUGGGACAUGGAAUGAAGAUAGUAGAGAGCUAGGCGAGGAAAGCAGUAUCGAUUUUCCCACAUUCUUAUUUUACUUCGGCUGUUACCACUCUCUUCUCGCCAAGACUCGGUCUCUGCAAGGCAAGGCCAUUUUCUACUAGCUGACGAUCUACCGUGAUUACAUUAGACAUAAGAGUACUGCCUAGCUUCUUCGUAGGUAGGAAUUCUUCUCAUAAAUGAAGUUGUCAGCUCAGCCAGGAUUGGCGCCGUUGCCCACGACACCGAGUAGCUGGCUUUUGCUUAAGACCGAAAAUUUGCGUCACAAUGACACUGCAAAUUGUAAAUAAUCCAAUUUUGUAAAGGGGAUUUUCUUCUUGAUUAUGGCCA